AUGUCGAUCCCUCCAUUCGAUACCACCGCCUACUCGACCUACACCCAGCCACCUAAUCCAUCAUGGACAUAUGGUCAGAGAAUCGACACCACCCCUGCCGGAAAAGCCUGGGUCGCAGGCGAAUCCGCUGGGUGGAAGGUCUAUAACACAGCAGAAACAGACAAGGCGGAUAUGUACAAGCUCCUGAUUUCAGGCAUCGUACCACGCCCCAUCGCAUUCGUGUCCACGAUCAGCGAAGAGGGCGUAGAGAAUCUUUCGCCGUUCAGUUGGUUCAACACAGUCACCAACUCCCCACCUAUCAUCUCUUUCGCAUGCGUCCACAGCGGCCCGGGCCGCCUAAAAGAUACGACUACGAACGUGUUGAACAGCCAAGGGUUCACCGUGAACAUCAUUAGCGAGCCGUUCAUUGAGAACGCAAAUGCAACUGCCAUAGACGCCCCUCCUGACUUCGAUGAGUGGUCUAUCAGCGGUCUGACAAAGGAAAAAUGCGUGCACGUAAAAGCCUCCCGCGUCAAGGAAAGCGCGUUUAGCAUGGAGUGCGAGCUCUACAAAUCCAUAGAUAUCACCCACCCCGUCACAGGCGAGCACAACAGCACGCUCAUCCUUGCACACGUCAAGUACAUCCACGUCCGCAAAGACGUCCUCACAGACAAAGGUGUCGUCGACCUCACAAAGUUCAAGCCUGUCGCGCGUUUGGGCGACAUCUCAUAUGCCCGCAUUGGAGAUGCAUACAGGAUCGCCCGCCCAUCAUGGGCACAGGAGGAGGCCAGGAUACAGGACGCGUUGGCGUCGCUAUGA